AUGAAUAUAUUAGGUGCAGCAGUGACUGUUAAGGUGACUCAGGAUCCUACUUUUGGAUUGGAAGGAACAAGAACCACCCUGGGACAGUACACACUAAAUCUCCGAGGUAAAGGAAGUCAGACAGGAAGUCUGUAUACUCUUACUGAUGAGAGUCAUGAACACUCCACACUAACCGUGGGACUAAAACUGGUGUGUGAUCAGGACUAUUAUGGAAGAAAUUGUCACGUCCACUGUCCAGCACCACGACCUGCUGACCACUACACUUGUAAUCAAACCACCGGACACAAGCAGUGCAAUCCAGGGACUCCACGAAUCCAAAACACUGGACUCGAGUAUCCAAGGUUCAAACUCGACCCGGACCCGAGUUACACAGGAUCGGAGUGUAAUGAAACUAAAAAUACAACACCAUGUUCACAUAAUAACUGUAAGAAUGGAGGAACAUGUGUGACUAAAGGUUCAGUCUACACUUGUCAUUGUCCUACUGGCUACAGCGGUUCUAUGUGUCAAACAACACCAUGCAGCAACAAUCCAUGUUUAAACAAAGGGACGUGCUCGGUUCAAGGUACAAAGUAUUCUUGUCAAUGCCCUACUGGCUACAGCGGUACUAGAUGUGAAACAACGCCAUGCACAAAUAAUCAUAACUGUAAGAAUGGAGGAACAUGUGUGACUAAAGGUUCAGUCUACACUUGUCAAUGCCCUACUGGAUACAGCGGUACUAGAUGUGAAACAACGCCAUGCACAAAUAAUCAUAACUGUAAGAAUGGAGGAACAUGUGUGACUAAAGGUUCAGUCUACACUUGUCAUUGUCCUACUGGCUACAGCGUCUACACUUGUCAUUGUCCUAAUGGCUACAACGGUACUAGAUGCCAAACAACACCAUGCAGCAGUUCACCUUGUAAAAACAAUGGAACUUGUAAUUUUAAGGGGCUUGGUUAUAAUUGUUCCUGUAUUUCUGGAUACAUUGGGAAGGAAUGCGAAAUAAACAUUGAUGAAUGCAGUCGUUUGCCGUGUCAAAAUGGGGGAACAUGUAUAGAUGGAAUUAAUCGAUAUGACUGCCGGUGUAAAGCUGGAUUUAGCGGAUCCAACUGUAACCACGAUAUAGACGAAUGCACGUCCAGACCGUGCAUGAAUGGCGGAACCUGUCAAGACAAGGUCAACGAAUUCUCAUGUCACUGCGUGUCGGGAUUCACCGGGCCAGUAUGUGACGCCGUUAUCAGCACUGUUUCCGACAGAACCGCAACCCCACCGACUGCAUCGACAUCUUCAUUUUUCAGGCGAAGUCUAGGCACCACAGUACAGACAGCUUUUGUGGCGAAACUCUACCUGCAGGCCCCGGUGGGAAGCGUUGACAACACCCGACUGAAAACAGCUGUAAUAUCACUCCUGACAAACAUCAUCGGGUCACCCAGUGUUAAAGACUUGAACAUAUCGCUGUCCAUGAAGGGAGUGUAUGGACAGAAUGGGGAGCAUGUGACUGAAGUGUCGAUUAACAUAAAGUUUUCAACCAAAGUAGUGAACAGCGAGCAUAUCAGCAGCGCCCUACAGGAUCUCUCGAAACACGGCGACACGCUGCCAUACAAGAUGUACGUAGGAAAUGUCAGGAACACUCCGCCAGCGACAAGCACAACGAAUGCCAAGCACGUGGCUGUCAUUGCUGGAGUGAGUUCUGCUCUUGGUGUGUUGGUCUUAGUCAUCGUCGUCUACCUCUGUCGAAGAAGAAGAAGAACCCCUGACCGUGAUGUACAAGUUUUAAACAACGUCACGAUCGACGGCAAGCACGCUCGUCACGCCACAUGGACGGCGUUUGAAAACCCAAUAUUUGAACCCAAAUACCGUCUCAGAACAGACAUAUGAAUUACAUUUGAACUUAGGUCAUGUCAACUAAAUAGAGAGAGAGAGACACACUUAUGAAAACAAAAACCUCAAAUAUACAAAAAAACACAACCCCCAACAACAUUUGAACCCAAACAUCGAACCAGAAGAGACAAGAAAACAUUUUGUCCGUGCAAUUGUUACUAUAACUCGGAUCAUAUGUACAUACUUUUAUUCAUUAUAGAUAUUAAGUAGCACCACCGUCAGUUUAGACACAUACACAUUACUGUUAGUUGCAAGGAAUUUUGUACACUGACUGACCAUAAAUUAAUGUGGCAAUUUAUCAAUUUGAGUACAAUCAAUUUGAACUUGAGAGGCAUUGUACACAAAAAUUAAAUAUCAAUAUAUAUAUGUUAUUAUUAUGUAUGCAAACAUAUACAUUUAUAUCUUUUACACAAUUAUAUAACCGUAGUAAUGCAAUGGUUAUGGUUUGUAUUAAUCUACAUUGUAAAUAUUUUCUACCCCCAUAUUUGAAGUGAAUAAAAUGAUGGA